CAUAACAUUUUAUCGGUAUUUAUUUAAUAAUUUACUGCUGUAUAUUAUUCUUUAAUCUACGACUUUUUAAGUCCACUGUUCCCACGCCGGGUUGCCAAAUGAGUUCAAAAUCACCCGAAGUCUACUGAGCUAUUAAUCAUAAAUCUAAGAUUCCGAAGAAGAAAUGGUUAAUUUAUUUACAUGAACAUAAUGAAUUACUUAUGUUUGUUGUAUAACUUAUCGGUGUCUUUGUUUUUCUACAACUUGCUGAAUAGAAGAUUUUAAAUAAAUAUUUGUGCGAAAUCCUACGAACUUAGUGUUGCCGAAAAUAAAUGAAAACAAAUGCCCGGGUGAUGUCUCGAUUGACAUUUAUACUGAUCUUGGCCUCAGCCAUCAUAGCGACCUCAGCAUCUCGCCGCAACAACAAACAUUGCCGCAGAAAUCUCAAUACGAUCAACUUUAGCCUCCAUGAUAGCUAUUGCCAGCAACCUCUUUUCGUGACCUUCGCCCAAAAGACUGAGGAAAACCUUAUGCUGGACAACAUCUGCCUAACAUUUUUCCCUUUGCCAGAUGAUUCUGAAACCUUCCAGGUGUACAUGUCCAAGAUCUAUUGUGAUGGGUCAAGUGAGAUCAUUUCUUUUGUAGCAACUCAAAUGGAGACCGGCAUAUCAAAGUUUGCAUCUCCGUAUUGCACAUUUACGGAUACAGUAUUCGGCUACGCUGGCUGUGACACGUACCUCGUCUACCGAUGUUUUGAGUUCGGAGACUGUGGAUCGGUGGACGGCACUUUGGUGUUCGGGUUGUCCAAGCAGUGCAAGACCAUCGGGCUGUCAUGUCUGCGCAAAGUAGAGGAAAUCGUGGAGGAGAGCAAGAUUCGGAACAAAGAGUAUUAUGUGCUGCCUAUGAAGCUACCCAACCAAUGCGUCACUCAGCAGCUCUGUGUGGCACCCCCCAACCCAUUCUACAAUCAUCUGCCAGCUCACACGGCCCGCUCUUUGCAUAAAUAACAGCGGACAUAGAGGGGCCGGCUAUUUCAUGAUAUUAUCAUGAUGGUCAGAAUUUACGCUUCCUUUUUACUAUUUUAACAACAAUUUUUGUUUAGUCAUUAAACGAAAGCUACUUU